UUGUCAAUCAAUGGAGUAGUAAGACCCUGUAGGCGUUUGUUUUCAAGCCUUAAACAGGAAGAGGAGACGUGUGUGUGUGUGUGUGUGUCUGCAUGUGUGGGCUGACACAGACACAGAAAGCGUUUGACUGACAUACAGCUCUGUGUCCUUUUGGUUGAGUGUGAAUUCAGUAUGCUGUAUAUAAUCCCUUUACUUCUUAUACUCAGAUUCACUACAUCAUCAGAUGCCGUUAUCAAAGCCAUGCAAGGCCAUCCUGUCUACAUCCCCUGCCCCUCAUCCUUUGCAUUUAAAGACUACGUGAAAUUUCAAUGGAGAACAAAUGGGACCUUAUUCUGCGUUUAUGAAGUGCAAGACAACAUCACUACAAAAGGAUUUUGUCCAUCACGGUUUGACAUACUAAGACAUCCUGGCAAGUUUUAUAUUACAGACCCUAAGGUUUCAGAUUCUGGUCAAUACAACUGCUCAAUAACAAGAGUCAUACCACCACCAUUCUCUGAUGAAUUUCACAUUGUGGAUCUUCAAGUUGAAGAUCUGGUCCUGACGAUGCACAACCAAAAUUCGUCUUGUAUACUGCUUCUUUGCACUCUGGAGGGCCUCCACACCCAAGAUGUCAACUUCACCUGGUUCAGACAGGGUCAGGGGUCACUGGAACCUUUGUCAGUCAAUCACAGUUCCAAACUUCGCAGCUCCGUUCUCCUGUGCCAAGCAGAGUGGAGAGAGGGAGACCGCUUCAUCUGCAAAGUCAACAUCUCCAUUAACAGUGGACUGAAUAAGAGUAUCACCCUCCCCCACAGUGAUAUAGGAACCCAAAAGAACAACACAAUCAUUAUCACUGUGAGCAUCUUGGGUGGGCUUGUGGCCAUCGCAGCCAUCUGCAUCUGUGUUUACAAAUGGGAGAUCAUUCACCUGCCGGUGACUGCUACGGCCCAGGAGUCUGACCAUGGUGCCUGCUCUGGGAAUGCAUCACACUCUUCACUAGGAGACUAUCAGCAAAUCUUUGAGUAUUCUGUACAAGGUUUACCAGAGUUCAGAGAGGAACACCCAGGUGUAUGGCGGGCUGUACUAGUAGUUAUACUGGAGAUAAAAUAGAUAAAACAAAAUAGGGAAGGAGUGAACAGUCAUGAAUAGAGCAUUCUUUCAGCAGUUUAAAAUAUUAGCCCAUACCACAACAUUAAUUCUGAGUCAUUAGUUCAGUGUGGUAAUGUUUCGUAUAGAUCAGGGGUGGAGUGUUAGACUGCAAAUCAGUCCUCCAUAUAAUCUUUGGAUAAAAGGGUUAGAGGAAGCCUUUAGUCUGAAGGGUUAGGGUUAGAGAAAGCCUUUAGUGUGAAGGUGAUUUGCCUCACCUGUGUUGCUUGUGGCCGUGAUUAAAACAUUCACUUCACGCAGAGGAUUUAUCAUUAAAUACCAUUACCAACCUAACUAUGAUAGAGGAGGAAUUUCCUCAAGGGGGUCAAAACAAAAACUGUAGGACUACAGAGGGAGGUAGGAUACAAUUAAGUUUAAUACUGUGGAACCAUAGUGUCUGUAUGCAUGUCAAGCAACACCUUGAAUUGAGUUGUGGCAGUCACGUUCCUUUCGUGGUCAAAGAGUUAUUAUAAUUUCAGAAAGGUGUGAAUACAUAAGCUCACAUGCCUCAAGUAAAAACAAUCAGCUUGUUCUUUGUUCCUGUCAAGCAAGUAACCUGAAUUAAAAGCUAAAAUAAAGCACUGGUUAAUGCUAAUUGGGUGUGCUUUGCGUUCGGCAAGGGCCCAACCUUUGUUCUCUCACAUGUACUAUUGUGUUUUCCU